AGAUGGCGACGUGGAGAGCGGUGUUGGUGUCAGCUGCCCGCGCUCCUCUGAGGGGGUGGUUCGCCGGGCUGCGGCGCCCUCGGAGCCAGCGGCGCCUGCCCAGCUGGAGGGUCGCCGCCGCAGCCGUGGUCUGGGGAGGCUCCCUGGCGACGUGUUACAGCGGGCGGACGGGCGUGUUCCCCAUAGUCGUGGCUCAGAAGGAAGAUGCCAUUAAUGCUGAAAUGGAUGAAAGACUGUCUCUUCGAAAGCAUCGCUUCAUGCGUUUUGCAUCACUGGAAUACGAAGGAGAGUAUUACAUGACACCAAGAGAUUUCUUGUUAUCAGUAAUGUUUGAUCAAGUUGAACGUAAAGCCUCAGCCAAGAAACUGACAGAAAAGGAGGUAGAUGCUGCACUGCUAUGUGUUACCAAAGCUAAACCAGGACCGACCUUUUUCAGAGAGCUUGGUGAUAAAGGGUUGAUAUCUUAUGCAGAGUACCUGUUUUUGCUGACAAUCCUUACAAAACCCCAGACUGGAUUUCAGAUUGCCUUUAAAAUGUUGGAUACAGAUGGCAAUGAACAAGUUGAAAAGAAAGAAUUCUUUAAGCUACAGAGAAUCAUUGGGAAGGAAGAUGAUUUGAAAACAGCUGGAGAUGAAACAGUAUUUCAGGGAGCAGAAGUGGAAAGCUGUGGUGUUAAUACCAUGUUGCUGGUACAUUUCUUUGGAAAAGAAGGAAAGGAAAAACUCCGCUACUCUGAGUUUUUCAGAUUCAUGGAAAAUCUGCAAACAGAAGUUCAAGAAAUGGAAUUCAUACAGUUUUCAAAGGGUUUGAACGUCAUGAGAAAAGAAGACUUUGCAGAAUGGUUACUCUACUUCACUGAUGAAGAAAACAAUGAAAUUUACUGGCAGAAUGUUAAAGAAAGAAUUGAGGCAGGAGAGAAUAUCAGUUUGGAAGAAUUCAAGACUUUUUGCAAGUUUACCAAUAACCUGGAAGACUUUUCUAUUGCCAUGCAGAUGUUUACUGUAGCCAAUCGUCCUGUUAAACGGGCUGAGUUCAAGAGAGCAGUGAAGGUGGCAACAGGACAGGAGCUCUCAGAUAAUGUGUUGGAUACCAUCUUCAAGAUUUUUGAUCUAGAUGGAGAUGACUGCCUCAGCCACAGCGAGUUUCUUGGAGUCCUGAGGAACCGAAUUCAUCGAGGUUUGAGGGUACCGCAGCAGCAAGGCAUUCAAGGUUACUGGAAGUGUGUGAAAAGAGAAAGCAUUAAAGGAGCCAAAGAACUGUGGAAGCAAACUGGGAAAAGUCCUUUCUAAAGCAGUCUGUUGUUCUUUUGCUAUGAAUGUUGUCAUGUAGAGGAGUUUGUCCUGUUUACAGAACAGCUGAAUCAAAAAUACUUUUUUUUUUAUUUACCAAAGUUAAACUUUAAUUUGCCCAGAUUCUAAUGCAGUAAUUUUAUAUCAUUCUGGUGCAACCAGUUUGGUUUACAGAACUCUUAUCACUCUUCAUCUCCAUGCGGAAGUACUCUUGUUGUAGGAAAUAGAAUUGUUUACUCUUCUGUGGAGUCUGACCCUGCACUGUAGCAUACAGGAUAUGCAGGAUUUAACAGUGGCCACUGGCAGGAGUGUCACAGCACUCUUCCUGUUGGAAGUUAGUUGCUCAAUUAGCAGCUAGUACAGCAGUUCUCUUUCUCUGGCAAGGACAGAGGUCCAAAGGGCAAAAUCACUUGCUUAAUUCAUGCAAAUCACAUUACCCUAAAUCAAAAAAGGAAAUUCAUAUGGUUUGUGCCCUCAUUACUGUGAACUGCUCAUGUGCUAGUAGUUGAUUCCACCAGAUCCUGUCUGGUUUGUCUACCUUCAUGAUGAUAAUAUUAAACUGGAAAUACAAGAUUGUUGAUACAGACUUUAAAAGUUGUACAUUGGUCUAUGAAUGUGCAUUGAAUUUCCCAGACCUCUUCGAGAAGUAGCAUAAAUGAGAAGCAAAAAUCCUCAUUCUAUCAUAAAUAGAGUAGCUACAAUUUCAGUCAUAACUAUUUUGCUGUAAUUGUAUUGCAGAGGGUGAAUGUGUAACAAAUAGUUAUCUUACUAAAGGUUGUGACAGGGAAUGCUGCAGUAUCUCAGGAGUUCAAGGUUCUAAUAAGCAAGUGUUGGGGAAGUAAGUUGUCCAAUGAAAAAGCAAAUACAUACGUUUAUUACUCCCAAAUGCAAAGUUAGACAUUAGAUUUUAAACAGUCAAACAAGGAACAGAUCAAAAUUAAUAUGUAGUAAUUAAAGAUUAGCAUUUUUUUAGCUUUGCAUUCUAUGCAUAGAAUCAUAGAAUAUCAGGUUGGAGGGGACUUCAGGAAUCUUCUGGUCCAACCUUUCUUGGCAAAGCAUGAUCUAGACUGGAUGUGUCAGCACCCUGUCCAGCUGAACCUUAGAAGUGUCCAAUGUUGGGGAAUCCACCAUUUCCUGGAGAGAUUAUUCCAGUGGCUGGUUGCUUGUAUGUAUACACAGAUAUGCAUGUUACAUGUUUUUUUCUUUCUUACAACCUUAGGAGCCAACAAUCCCAAGUCCAGAUCAGUCUUCCCAGUUGGCCACUAUAUAGAGGAGAUAGAUGUAUAUCUAAAGCUGUCAAGGUUCUUUCCCUUUCUCAGCUGUCUAACUUGGCUGGGGUGAAAGCUUAACCUUUCAAGACAAGUUUAUGAUAACAGACUCAAAAGAUGGACUAGGGAAAUGUCUCAAGAAAAACAAGCAGGAAAUCUCACCACUGUGGGAAGUAUCCAUCCGUUUUAAACAUGACACUAGCUAUGUUACCCUCAAAGCUCAACAGGAGGUAUUUUGUUGUAAUUUCUUUGUGUUUUGGUGAGGGAAGUCUUGAGAAGAGGGGAGCAGCCCUCAUUCAGAGGAAGGACAGGAGAGGCUGCAUUAGGAAGCCGUAAACAUCCCACUUAAGGAGUACUGAGAUCAGAGAAUGUAUUUAUUUAAUGUAUUUGGUAUGUUGGUAGCUGGCAGGCAGGCUUGUGCUGAGGAGAAGUACUACCGCCGAACUUUGGUGUGGUGGUCUCUCAUAGGGAAAUAGAGUGAGAAGCUGGCAAAACUGCUCUUCCCUUUACAGCCUUCCCUUGGAGCUUUAAUUUAAACUGUGUUAAAGAAAAAAUGCUUGUAUUCUUGUCAUCUGUCAGUGUCAACCACAAGAACGAGAGCAUGCCUAUGCGGGCAUCCUGAGACUGUCCAGAAGAUCCGGCACCACUGACCACCCUCCAGGAAACAAUCCAAAUUAAAUACAAUGCAGUAGACACCCCAUCCUCCUCCUUCAAACUGAACUAACUCAUGCUCUGAGUAACAAGAAAUUUGAUAGCAAUUUUACUUUGUGUGUUUGGAAGGUGCUUGCUUCUUAUGGUAAUGGGAGCUGUGACUGGGAGAUACCUAAUGGGAGCAAGGGCAGAGCAGCAGGACUGGCAUCAAAGUAUUGAUGCUUUGCAUCACCAAAUAAUAAAAAAGUGAUGUUUUGGCAAAUAAUUUUUACUUUGGAAUGGAGAUUAUUCUUUAACAUUUUAUUCUGUGUAAUGUUAAUAGGUUUAUGAUGUUCUUUAUUGCUUUUGUGCUUUAUUUGGUUUACUAAUUACUUGCUUACUACAAGCUUUUUGGUUUUCUUUUGGAAAAAUCAAUUCAUUUAGCUUUUGUGUAUCGAGAAGUUUAAUUCCUCAUUGCUCAUUUGUAUCUGGGUUUGUGCAAUCAAAUAUCUGCUUUCAGUAGCAAGUUACUAGAAGUGGCAUUUGCAAGUUUUACUUUUUAGCAAAAGCUUUGGUGUCAAGUUCAGAGGAAAAAUAAAGCAGAUAUGCUUAUUCUUAAAUGAAUUUUGUGUCUGUAGUAAAAAAAAAAUGAAAAAUUAUUGAUUAGGAAUUAAAAUAGUUAAAAAUCAUUUUCAGAAGAAGUUAUGCUGAAAGUACAGCCAGGUAGGAGCUCCUUUAAAGGCCAGGGAAGACUUGUCCAUCAGGCUUGAAGAAUCACACCUUGUGUUGAAUUUGUAGUCUAUUUUUAUUUGUUUUUACUGAAAGGCUUUACAAAACAGUCUUAAAAUUUAUUUAUUAAAGAGCUGUUUAUGUAAGUGUUCAAAUAGACCUUGUCUUGUAAGGAAUCUAUCACAGUUUUAGCGUUUGAUGUUUUAGUUCUUUUUAGUAACUGUAUGGUAUUUGCAACAGGUCUGUCAGCAUUAAUCAACAUAAUUCAGUUAAAAGUUUAUGCAGCUGCCAAUAUCAGUUAAACAUCAAUUAUUACUUUUUUACUGUUAGGAACUCUUCCUCUGAACAGAAAUAUAUAGAAAAAUUAAUACUUUUUUUUGAUCUCCAAUGUUGCAUCUGAAUGUUACGUUGAAUAAAGACGAAUCCAGUGCACAUUG